AUGGCAGCACCAGGGGCAGCAGGCCCAGAAAUAAUUCAGAAUGCUGAGGAUGCUGGGGCCACAGUGGUGAAGUUUCUGUAUGAUGACUGCUGCCAUCUGGUGGAUGGUGAUGACACUGGGGGAUUUAGCCAUCCUGGUCUCAAGGAAUUUCAGGGCCCCUCAUUAUUUGCAUACAAUAAUGCAGCUUUCACCAAAGAAGACUGGAAAGGCAUACGUAUGAUAGAUGACAGUAUAAAGGAGGAUGAUGCUUUGAAAGUGGGGAGGUUUGGCCUGGGUUUCAAGUCUGUUUUUCAUAUUACAGAUCUCCCCUGUGUGAUAAGUGGCCAGUACAUGGCUAUGAUUGAUCCCUACAGAGAAUAUUUCAAACCAAAGGCUGCUGAAAGAUGGCGUCUUAAAGAUAUAGCGACAUUUCACCAACAGUACAAACCAUUCCUUGGUGUAUUUGACUGUUCUGCUGAAACAUUUCAAGAGAACCCCUAUAAUGGUACCUUGUUCCGUUUCCCUCUUCGUAAUGCUGGUCAUGUUCAACAUCGUCAUGCUCAACCCAUAUCAAGCAAUAUAUAUGACAGGGACAGUAUCGAAGAACUAUUUGAAGCCUUCCAAGAGGAGGCACUCCUGGUGUUACUUUUCCUUAGGUCUGUUGAAAAGAUUGAGAUGUACAGACGAGAUCAUGAGGAAACCAAGUUGCUAUUUGCUGUAGAAAUAAGUAACAUUGAAGAUGUCAAGAAUAAGAGGCAACAAUUCAAUAGCAAGUUACCAGAUCAUUUGAAAAGAUUACGAGUCAGCAAUAAAGAACUUAAUUCUUUGCAAGAGACCUAUCCAAUAAUCCUGAAGUCUGAAAACCAUCAAAAUAAACAGAAAGAUGAACAGACCUAUUUAGUCACCACUUUUUGUAGUGGUACCAUUAAGUCUCAGGAAUUUGUGAAAAAACCAGACUGUGUGAAGAACAUCCCAUUGGUGGGUAUUGCAAUGCCUUUAACGUUGAACAAUCCCCAAGAGGGGGUGCUAGUUUCAGAUUCUGAUCAUAAGACCAGUGAUGAGAAUUUAACUGCUAGAGAAGAUUCACCAAAUUGCCCAGAUCCAGUAAGAAUAUUUCACAGUCAAGCAACAAGUCAUUGCACAUUGCCACACGAAAAUGCAUCAAGUGUCGAGAAGAAAACAUCUGGUCAUGUGUUUUGUUCACUUCCAUUACCUCUGGCUGAUAGUCGAGGCACAGGUCUCCCAGUUCAUGUGAAUGGCUUCUUUGAACUCACCCCAGAGAGAAGUGACUUACAGUGGCCCACCACAGAUGACAAGCACACACAGGACAAGUCCAAGGCUUGGAACCAGCACUUGCUGGUGGACGUUCUUCCCUGUGCAUAUCAGGAGCUUCUUUUUCAAGCUACAAUGGAUCAAGGUAUCUCUAUCUCUCCCGAGCAGGUUAUUGGCUGCUUCCCAGAUGAGGAAAAGGUGGAUGAAAAGUGGAAGAAGAUAAUGCCUAGAGUCUAUGCACAGCUCUUUCAGUGUAAUAUGUUUUACACUAAGGCCUAUGAUGGCAUGUGGAAAUCUCUUGAUGAUGCUGUGAUUGUUGAUUUUCCAGACAAUCCAUCCCUGUGUGAGGCAGUAUAUGAAAUCAUGCUGUUAACAGGGCACUGUCCUCUCAAACUUCCAUCAUUUGUGCUUGAUGCAAUCCAGAACUUUUGUCCUAAAAAGGACAGAUUGAAUUUUGUCUCAAAAGAUAUCAACCACCAGCUUGUGAAAGAUUCUUUGACUAGUCACGAUGGUUAUUGCAAGUUCCCCAACACUCAGAAGUUUGAACUGCUGAGGUAUCUACUUGAUAAACUGCCAGUUGUGAAACUCCAAGGUUUGAAACUUUUGCCUUUGGCUGAUGGUACAUUUACAACAUUCUCUUCAAUACAUAGAUCUCAACCUGUAUACAUUGCUGCAAAUGACAUGAUACAACUAUUUGCUGGACUUGAAAAAAGGUUCCUGCAUUCCAGUGAUGAAGUUGUAAAAGAAAAAUUGACAAGAUCAGCCAAAUCAGGCAGGGGUGAAACUCAGCUGUGUAUGCUUGAUGAAAAGGGGUUCAGCCAACUCUUACCUGAUGCAGUCCAAGCAAAAAAGUUGAAAAACAACACAGACCUAGAUCCACAGAACAGAGCCUGGCUUGAUAAAGUGUGGGGUUACCUGUACCAGAAUUUCCAAGAUUUGCAGAGGUUUGAAGGUUUGCCAAUUCUUCCAGUUCAUCUUAAUGAUGGAAGGUUUGUUCAGUUAGAUCUGCCUGCAAGAUCAUCUUCAAUUAGCAUUCAGCUUGUACAGCACCAAGGUAAAAGCAUAUCUGAAGAUAUAGCAAAGCUUCUGGAAACUCUUGGUGUGCCUCUUGCAACUUCAGUACUUGAUAAGGCUGGAAACCACCAAACAAUAUUUGACCAUUGGGUAGCACUCCCCUCACCAGAUGGUGUAUUACAGUCCUUGUCAAGGCAGUACCAAUACAAAGGAAAUGAAGUUAUAACUGUCUUCAACAAACUUGAUGCUUCUGUUAGAAAAGUCUUCAGAACAUUCAUAUCACAGUCUGGUGACAUAGAAAGGCACAAGAAUAUAGUGAGAAAGCUUGAAAUCUUCCCAAGAAUUGAGAUUGGUCCUCAGUGUAACUCAGCUGAAUUUGAUGAAAAAGCAAAGAUGGACGAAAAACUGCUGGCACUGGAUGAUGCCAAGGAUGCAGUGAAAUUGAAAUAUCUUCCCCAGGUGUUGUUACCUUGGGCCAUUAUAGAUGUUACUUUGCCUGAGUGUGAACAUCUUGUGAAGGUCCUUGGCCAGUGUGUCAUCCACACGCAAGUGUCCAUAUUUUCCACACAUAUCCUACCAGACACUAAAAGAUACAUGAAAGAUAUUUCAUUGUUCAUGCUACAACAUAGUGAGCUAAUCAAUGAAAAGGAAAUAGUGGAACAGGCUCAACGUCUCCAUUGCAUUCCAACCAGAAAUGGUUUUGCUCUGCCUAGUAAAACUUGCAACCCACAAAGUAGAAUUCUCCAAGAGUUAUUUAAAGAUCAGGAUGUCUUUCCAGUUGAUCCUUUUACUGAGGGCACCAUCAUUCCACAACUGGUAAAAGUUGGCAUGAAAAAUGAAGAUGAUGUGACAGCAGAUGAUAUUUUGACAGCUGUCAAAGAUGUUGAGACCAGAGCAGCUACCGCAGCAGACCCAACUAGUUGUGAAGUAUUGAAAAGAAAGUCCCAGGCCAUUGCGUCUUUCCUUGGGAAGCGACCAAGACUGCUUCAACAGUUUCCCUUAUCCAUUCCUAAAAAUGUCUGUAAUCUCAAAGGUCUUUUGUUGGACCUACACUGGUUGCCCAUGUGUUGUGAGCCACCCAAAAAUAUACCAUAUCCAAUAAGCCUACCAUGGUGGAAUGAUACUAAGAUAUUCCAAAAGCCAACCACUCUAAAGAAGAUGAAUGACGUAUCAACGUACUUGAUAGGUUCUGUGCAGCCACUUUGGGAAGGAAUACCAGGAGACAAAGAAGCUGAAGCCUCAAUUGUUGAACAUUUCAAUAUGGAUUCUCCACCCGAUGUCAGGUCUGUAGUUCAGCAGCUUGCUGUACUUCAGAAGAAUUACAACGAAGAAGAAAAGACAUUGUUUGAAUUGAUUGUAAACAAGAUUUACCACUUUUUGGAGCAGCAUGCAGAAGCUGCCAUAGCAGAGGUUGGUAAGCAGGCUCUCAGCCAGUGGAUUUGGCAUGGCAGUGGGUUUGCUUCUCAAGAUCAGGUGCUUUGUUCAGACUCUGUUUUNAUGAAGAUAGGCUGUAGUGAAGAGGUUAGUGUCAAGUUAUCUCUGAAGCUCAGGUUGAAGUUCAUGAAAUGGGAGGUUGUCAGAAACUCCGAUAAUGUGCAGCUAUCAACUGAUUCUCCCUUUAUCUUAAUUACCCCUGUGAUGGUGAUGACCAUGCUGUUUCGUGUCUUUAGCUAA